AUGAAAAUACAAAGAUUCUUUUUUGCAAUUUUAUUGAAGAUAUUCUGUGAUUCUCAAACCACAUCCAUGGAGAACUGUACAGAAGUGACUGAAUUCAUCCUGUUAGGACUAACCAAUGCCCCAGAACUACAGGUCUUUCUCUUCAUCAUGUUCACCCUCAUUUACCACAUCACUCUGAUUGGGAACCUGGGGAUGAUCAUGGUGAUAGUGCUGAACUCUUGUCUCCACACUCCCAUGUACUUUUUCCUCAGCAACCUGUCUCUGGUGGAUUUGUGUUACUCUUCAGCGGUCACUCCUACAGUCAUGGCUGGAUUUCUUCUCGGAGACAAGAUCAUCUCCUACAAUGCAUGUGCUGCUCAGAUGUUCUUUUUUGCAACCUUUGCCACUGUGGAAAAUUACCUCUUGGCCUCCAUGGCCUAUGACCCCUAUGCAGCAGUGUGCAAACCCCUACAUUACACCACCACCAUGACAACAAGUGUGUGUGCAUGUCUGGCCAUAGGUUCCUAUGUCUGUGGCUUCCUGAAUGCCUCCAUCCACAUUGGGGAUACCUUCAGCCUCUCUUUCUGUAAGUCCAAUGUGGUCCAUCACUUUUUCUGUGAUAUUCCAGCAGUCAUGGCUCUCUCUUGCUCUGAUAGACAUCUCAGCGAACUGAUUCUUAUUUUUAUUUCAAGCUUUAAUGUCUUUCUUGCGCUUUUUGUUAUCUUGAUUUCCUACUUGUUCAUAUUUAUUACCAUUUCGAAGAUGCAUUCAAGAGAGGGAUACCAGAAGGCUUUAUCUACCUGUACUUCUCACCUUGUUACAGUUUCCAUAUUUUAUGGGACUGUCAUUAUUAUGUACUUACAGCCAAGUUCCAGUCAUUCCAUGGACACAGACAAAAUCGCAUCUGUGUUCUAUACGAUGGUCAUCCCCAUGCUGAACCCUGUGGUCUACAGCCUGAGGAACAAAGAGGUCAAGAGUGCAUUUAAGAAGGUUAUUGAGAAGGCAAAAUUGUCUCUGUUUUGUUGUAAUGCAUAG